AAGGCUGCGCCUGGAUCCUUGGCUCAUGUUGCAGAGACUUGAGGUUUGACCGUUCUCUGUUUCCUUUCAGGUCCGUGGCUUUGGGGAGGGGCUGCACGCGGCCCCCCGCCCCAGGGAUGGGAGCGGAGAGCAGCGCUCUGAAGAGCUGUGCACUGAAGGGGCCCCCAGUCACACUGCCCUCAGGACUAGCCGUGUUCCCCGCUGAGCUGCAGGAUGGCAGAGUCGCGUCGGUGUUUGUGUACAAGAGAGAAAACGAAGACAAAGUCAACAAGGCUGCCAAGCACCUGAAGACACUCCGGCACCCCUGCUUGCUGAGAUUCUUAUCUUGCACGGUGGAGGCAGAUGGUAUUCAUCUGGUCACUGAGCGGGUGCAGCCUCUGGAAGUGGCCUUAGAAACACUGUCCUCCCCUGAGGUCUGUGCCGGGAUCUACGACAUCCUACUGGCUCUGAUCUUCCUUCACGACAGAGGCCACCUAACGCAUAACAACGUCUGCUUGUCCUCUGUGUUUGUGAGUGAAGAUGGGCACUGGAAGCUGGGAGGGAUGGAGACAGUCUGCCGCGUCCCCCAGGCCACCCCGGAGUUUCUGCGGAGCAUUCAGUCAGUGAGAGACCCGGCUUGUAUCCCUCCUGAAGAGACGGCUCCAGAAUUCACGACUCUGCCAGAGUUGCACGGGCACGCACGGGACGCCUACGCCUUUGGGAUGCUGGUGGAAAGGCUGCUCACAGACGUGAAGGGACAGGCAGACGCUCUCCUCAGCCCGACAGCGGCGCUCUGCACCUUACUGUCCCAUGACUUCUUCAGGAAUGAUUUUCUCGAAGUUGUGAAUUUCUUGAAAAGUUUAACAAUGAAGAGUGAAGAGGAAAAAACUGAAUUCUUUAAGUUUCUGCUGGACAGACUCAGCUGCUUGUCGGAGGAGCUGAUCGCCUCCCGGCUGGUGCCUCUGCUGCUGAAUCAACUGGUGUUUGCGGAGCCAGUGGCUGUGAAGAGUUUCCUCCCUCAUCUGCUUGGCCCAAAAAAAGACCAUGGGCCCGAAGAGACCCCUCGCCUGCUGUCCCCGGCCCUGUUCCGCUCGCGGGUGGUCCCCGUGCUGCUGCAGCUGUUCGAGGUGCACGAGGAGCACGUGCGCACGGUGCUGCUGUCUCACCUGGAGGCCUACGUGGAGCACUUCACUCCGGAGCAGCUGAGGACAGUCAUCCUGCCGCAGGUGUUACUGGGCCUGCGUGAUACCAGCAGCUCCAUUGUGGCCAUCACGCUUCACAGCCUGGCUGUGCUGGUCUCCCUACUUGGACCAGAGGUGGUUGUGGGAGGACAGAGAACCAAGGUCUUCAAGCGCACUGCCCCAAGUUUUACAAAAACUACUGACCUUUCCCCAGAAGAUUCUCCCACGCAUGUGGCCUGCAGCCAGCACAGGCAGACCAUCCCCGGCUUGGAGAGCCCCUCCAGGGUUUUCCCUAAAGGGUUCUUUCCUGACGACAGGCCCAUCGGCAGCAAGAAGCACAAACAGCAAGAUUCCUACACCACCCUUCCCCAGACAGGUGACCGAUUUUCUCAGCCCAGGACAUUUCCCAUGAAUGGACUUUCAGACGCGAAAGAUACCUCAGGAGACAAUGAAAACUUCCUGCCAAGUCCCCAAGUGUCGGAGGAGUGGCCGGACUGGAGCGAGCCGGGGGAGCCUGAAGGGAGAACUGUCAGCACACAGGUGUGGCCUCCAGAGCCUGCCAGGUCCCCGCCCACGGACGUGAAGGUGGUGCAGACAGGGGACGACCUGAAGCACAGCAGCCUCCGCGAUGCAGUGAGCCCGGGAGGUAGAAGCGCUGGUGCCUCGGGGGAGCACAAGGCCAUUCCCACUUCUCUUCCGCUCACAGAGGCGGCCACGCCUUUGGCAUCAAGCCAACCCCCAAAGACCAGUCCUAGCCCAGCCCAACCCCCAAAAGUAUCAUCACGAGAACGGCGCCCUAAGGGUCCAUCAGAACUUGGUUUAGGAGAGGAGUUCACCAUCCAAGUGAAGAAGAAGCUGGUGCAGGACCCCGAGUUGGACUGGUUUGCUGACAUGAUCCCCGAAAUUAAGCCUUCGGGUGCUGUUCUCGUCCUACCCGACCUGAGGACAGAGACCGUGAUCCCCAACACGGACGGUAUCUCACCAGGGAUGCAGUUUUCCUCAAAAUUUGCUGCAGCAGAAAUGACUGAGGCGGAGUCUGAAGGCUGGGGAGAUGCCGGGGAGCUGAACUGGGGAGACAGCAGCUGGUGACAAUGGCUGUGAGUUAACCUCUAGGAAAAAGGAUUCCUUUUUAAAAAAAAUCAAACUAAUACCUCAAAAGCAGGCUCUGCAGACAAGAAAACCCCAAAGCAUCCUGUUUUUCUCACACCAGGAGCUUUUCCAGUCUGUGCCAAGGAAGCCAGAGACCCUGGGUGUGGCCCUCGGCUGGGGAAAGAGCCUGUGCCUCCAAGGCCGGGUCGUUCUGGAAGUAAAGGAAAUAAAUGCAGGACCUUCCAACUGAUUAGCUUAAUUUUGUGCCAUUUCUUUCCCGGUGAGAAGAGUGAGCUCUAUUAUGAAAUGCAGCACCUGGAAAACAUUUUACUAUGAAGGACGUAAAUGACUUUAAAUCGCUAAGGUUUCCUUCGGCAGCUUAUUUAUUUGUUUACAGUUAUUCCCACAUAUAUUAUGUGGACCAAAGUUCAUGAGAAAUAUUCCCCAUAAUCCUGUUCUCUAAACAUCCAAUAAAGACUAUUUUCACUA